CCCCUGUUCUGUACUUUAUGCUGUAAAUAGCCAUGUUUUGCAGCUUCCAACUUGAACUUGGCGCGAGAAUGCUUAUGGGAAUUGAAUGCAAUUGAAUUUGUAUUAGAAAUGUCGAGGCUUCUCACAAGGAUUGCUGGGUUUUUCAGCAAUCGAACUCAAGUUGGAGUUGACAAAGCGGGGAACAAAUACUUUACUAGAAAAGAAGAGAUCGAUGGUGUAAUGAAAGAGAAAAGAUGGGUGAUUUUUAAGGGAGAGGCGGAUUCUACUACACUUCCAGUUGAAUGGAUAUGUUGGUUGAAUGGGCAGCGUAAACAGGCUCCAAUACCGGAGGAAAUAGCGGAGUUGGAAGCAAGGCGUGAACGUGUUAGACAAAAUGUUGCCUUGCUUAAAAAGGAGGAGGAGGAAAGGAAAGCAAAAGAAGGAAGUACAGGAAAACGCCCAAGCACUGAAAAAGUUGGUGGUCCAGACUUAAAAUGUUUUAUUCGCCAAUUUCCUUCUGAAGGUGAUGCUGUUGAAGAGUCAUCUGCCACAAUUGGUGACUUAAGGAAUUCUCAAGAGAAGGCUUCUGAUAAGGGAAAAGUAGAGCCUGAGUCAUCUGAGCCAAGAGGGUCUGGUGCAUCAUUCAAACCGGGAACCUGGCAACCUCCAACUUGAAUACUCUCUCUUGAGUAAAGCCUUGCUCGCACCCGCAGCAUUCGUUUCUAUGCCAUUUGGUCAGUUUUAAAAUGAAAAAUGAAUGAUUUAGUUGAAAAAACGACUUAUUUCUUCAUUAUGAAAUUUUGGGUAGGAAAUUCCUGUGAGCGCAAACUCAUAGCAUUGCUUGUUUGUUGGUUUAUGAACAAUUUUGUCGAAGGAAUCUGUUCGGAACCCAGUUUUAAGUCUUGGAACCUGGUUAAGAUGA